GUGCGGAUCGCGUGAAUUCAGUCGCUGCGAGAAAAAUACGAAUAACUGCUGAAAAUCAAUAGCAUAAUUAACAAAUUAACUGUGAAGCAAUAGAGUUGCCGUCAAAGUGGAAUCAAAGCAAAAGGGAGAGAGAGGGAUUGAAAAAUUGGAGGAGUGGCGAAGGAGUGAGAGAAAGGUCAAAAAUAGCUCUCGAGAGGCAGCCUUUAAAAAUAGAGCAUCAGGCCAUGCCAACGAAGUCAGAGCCUUGGAUGUUAUAGAUAUACAUAGAAAUGCCACGACCGGAAGAGACCCAUCUGCAGCAGCUGCUUGUACAGCUGGAGAAGGUGCCACGCCCCCAGCUGCAGCAGAAGUUUCUUGCCCACUUUAGGAAGCAGAGCAACUGCAGCCUAGAGGACUUUGCAGCCUACUUUCUGGCCGCCUUGCGGCAGCAAACGAGUCAAUAUUUCCAAGUCAGGAACUCAGACACACCGGUGCACUCGUUACCUGGGACCCCUGUCCGUCAGCCAAAGCCGCCGCCUGGCGAUGCAUCCAAAGAAUUAGAUGAGAACCUGCAGCAGCAACUACUCAAUGACUCACUUCUCAACCGGAGCAGCUGCAGUGUGGAGUCCACGUCGACUCCACUGCGACAGCAGGGCCGCAGAUCCAUGCCUGGCAGCGGCAACAACCAGUUUUGCAGCACGCCACAGACCACAGGCCACAGAAGCAAUGGUGGUGGUGGAGGUGGGCACAGUUUUUGCCUGGGCGACUUUCUGGUUAACUCGCCCAACCAAGGACAGCAACGAUCUAAAAAGAAGACUACUCCACAACAGUCGCAGAAUCAACAUCAGUCAACGGGAGCUGCUUCCGGCGGCACUGUGCAGUCUAAGCCACGUAGACGUGUCCUCCCCAUGACCAUCAGCAAAAAUGUUUCGGCCGGCUCAUCUUUCGGAGACACCAGUUCCUUUAGCAACGACAAUAAUCUGUGGCGCCUCUCCCAGAGCAGCGAACUUUUCGAUAGAAGUCAAGGAGCUGCCUUAGAUAUGGAGGCGCGAAAAACCCUGCUCCUGCAUAAGCAGGAGAUUAAAAUCGAGGCGCCGCCCCUUAACGUCAGUCAGCUGGAGGGAAGGACACCAGAGGAUGAGGUCUUUCCGCACGACACAUUCUCGCUUGAGGAUGUGACCGAUUCUAAUCAGUUGCAGCUCCUCUCUGUCAUUUAUAGUCUUCUCAUUGACCUUAAUAUGGUGCCCAAUGUCCUGAGCGAACUCAGUUUCGUGCUACAGUUGAUUAAUGUACGAGACCUGGGACAAUCUACCGUUGGUACAAGUCUAGACUGCAUGCCUUUGCAGCGCGUCUCCUCUGACUACAAGAGCUGCGUUUACUUUGCGUUGAAACUCCUGGAGAACCAGCAAAGGUUACUUCUGCAGCUGGACAAGAAGACGUUGGGGGUGUUGCUUCAAAACGAGAGACUGAACCUGCUGCCACCGGGCAUUGUCCAACAGCUAGAAGCGUCCUACCAACAGAAACAGGACUCGGCUCCAUCUGUGGCUCUAGACACGUCCUCCUCCUCGCAACACAACGUAUACUACCAUGUCGAAAAGGACUCACGGGAUAAUUUUCCCUCGCAGAACGAGUUUGCAGCCUUCAAGACGCAGCGAGAUUUAUUUUACAAGGCCCUGAAGCAGUGGGAGCUAGGCCACCUGAAUCGCAAUUUUAACUUCACCUCGGAGGUGGCGCCCUGCAUCCGGGAAAUCUUCAAGGUGUCGGAACACCCGGUGAACAUGGCACACUUUGCCAAGCUGUUUGUCAGUCAACUGCUGAUCUCGGCCACCGAGAACACUGAAUCGCCCGAGGAACUUGGCUUAAAGUUGGACCCUCUCAGACUCAAUCGCUUGGCCCAGCGCCUGGUUACCUCCGACUCCAGUGUGGAGGGUCAGUUUCCCCGAUCGCAGGCGUUUUUCCGUGACUUUAUAGCCGGCUGCUCAUCGAUGGCGUUUCAUGUGCAGCUCAAGCUGGCCUUGUUUGUUCAGUUGCUGCGGCACAACGACUCUACUUUUGAUUUGCUGCAGUUGUCCGAGGAUGUCUGCGCUGAGGAGGAGCAGUCUGCGCAGCAGGGACUCUACAUAGUACGUGUACAGACGAUGGCCCAUAUGCUGAUUUUAGCCAAGUUUUUGGGUUUUGUAAGCGUUCUGCCCUUCAGCGGGACUACCCAGCACGGAAAUCCUUCGCCGCCGUAUCUGUGCCCGCAGCAGUUGCAGUUACGCAGUCGCUUUCAGCCGGAUUUCAAUCUCCGGGAGACAUUCGAGCGGUCGAUGCGCAAUGGCAAGCUGCUCAUCUCGCUGCCGUGGCUGGUCCAAUACCUGGCCAUGCUAGAUCCGGUCAGCCUGAAUCUGCCAGACGCCCUGGCCACCCUGGAAAUACUUUACGGAUUAUAUGCUUCGUUGGGUAUGGAGAAAUCUCAGCCUGGAGCAGUGUUUAUAGCCAGGUGUUGUAUUGGCUGGCUGCUAGAUGCACAGCCGCAACUGGUUAAUGCCUACUAUAGUCACAGGUCAAUCAAGACUAAAUCAGCGGCCGUUGUGGAGCUUUGCCUAAGUGGAAUCCGCUGUCAUGAAAAAUCCCUUGGCCCCCUGCUGGAGGAACUGCUGCCCAUUGCCUGUCCCUUUCUCCAGGAAUUCAGGGUAAGCAUAACGCCCUCUCGGCAGGCGAAGAGUGGACGUUUUCGGUACAUAACCACACGCCUAGAGCAGCUCCAGCAGGGAAGCAGUAGCAGCAGCACCUCUGUUACCCAGGACCCAACGGUUUCCAGCGAGCAGACACCUGCGGAGCAACAGCAACGAAAGCUAGCCGAUGCCUUCUUGCACUCCCAGAACGCCUCCACACGACGACUGAUUGAGUUUGUUACGGAGCGCAGCUUCAAGUGCGUGGUCAAGGAUGCCCAGCAGGAGAUUCUGCUGCCCUCCAAGGCCUCUGCGGAUGCCAAGGUAAACGAGAUAUGUUCCGUAAAGCAGGAUGAUGUCUUGCAGCAGCUCCAGCACAUCUUUCAGGGGGCCAAAGAGCAGGCCUGCCAAAAAUGGAAAGAACAGGUGCCCCAGAUGUUGGGCCAACGCAUAGCACAGUCACUGGAGGCCCUAUUGCCCGCCAGUACAAAUGCAGUGCUCCGUUCCACCUACGCCCACCUGAUUCGCGGCCAGGCGCAGACCCAACUACAGCAGUGGCUGCAAUCCAGCGUACUGCAGUCCACCUUCUAUCACGGCGACCUCAAAGAGCUCGCCAUCAAGGUAUGCAACUCAAACAAGAACAAGGCGGAAGCAGCAGCUGCCGGCGGUGGCUCCAAUGAACUUCAGCUCAGAUCGGAUGUGGGAUUUAGCCUUUCGGAGCUGCUGUUCCAGCUGCAGCAGUGGCUGCAUCACCUCAGCCUGCGGCCGGAGAAUGUGGGCAGCCGCCAGGAGUUGGGCGAGCUGCUGCGACAGUCUCAGCACGCGGUUCUACUGCCACAAUUGCCCACGAUUUUCUAUCAUCUGAUUGGUUCAGGAUUGGUGCAUCUGCUUCAGUUAUUUAUCAAUCGAAAGCCCGACUUCCUAGACGAAUACGUUAUCUCCGCUUGCUGUACAGUGUGGCGUUCGCCUCAGUUCAAGGCCAGCGAGGCCUAUCCCGGAAUUUUUGAAGGCCUGCUGAGCGUGCGCUUUAUUCAGGAGCUGUCUUUUAAACAAAAUGGAUUUCGCCUGCUGGAGCAGCUGCUCCGCUCCAUGCUGCUUACUGGAGCAGUGCGUGCGGAUCAUCUUAACGAGAUAUUUAUGCCGCUUUUUGCGGAGAACUGGCCACCGCAUGUGUGGAGCACCCUUUCCAAUCUCCUGCAGCAGCUCUCGCUUUCAGGGAGCAAUGGCCUAGGCGGCGCUGGACUCGACACAUCCGGAGACAGUAAUGAAGACGAGGCCAAGUCGCAUCUUUUUAUGGAAAUGCUGGCCGAUCUAUCGCGCGAUCUGGAUAGUUUUUAAGGUCUAAAAAACGUUGGUUAUGUCAUUUAUCGUUUCUGUUUCGAAUAAAACGUUCCUUUUUGAUAUACUUUUCUGGUGAAAAUACCUCUGAAAUGAUGAGAACUGUCUUUAUUUGGUCUGUUGCUUGGCGAUAAGAUAGCGAUAGCCGGGCAGAACCUAAUCAGUGGAAGAAUGCGUCAGUGUAGCAGUUUUAGUUCGGUUAUUGAACGUUGAGGCCUGCCGAGAACUUAAAGGGGACGAGGUUGCCAGCCGAUGUGAUCAUCGAUCGAUGUGAGGGGCCGUUGGCAACGUUAAGUCAAUAUAUGAAUGUUAUUUUUGUGUGCGAAAAAUUGUUAAAAUGUUGCCAAAGAACUGCUAAAAGAGAAUCGUUUCUAUCAGGAAAUAUAUUUAAUCUAUUUUUAUUUAAUUAUGUUUAUUGAAAGAUUGUAAAAAUAAACGUUUAGCUGAGAAUAACAAUUUUCAGCAUAAAAGUUCGCAA